AUGGCAUUGCUACCAUCCAAUUCUCUAGUGUUUACGGUCCGUAGGCAUGAACCUGAGCUAGUUGUCCCAGCUAAGCCAACCCCUCGUGAGUGUAAAUUACUCUCGGACAUUGAUGACCAAGAGGGUCACCGAUUCCAAAUUCGAGGGAUGCAUUUUUAUCGGUACAACUCCUCCAUGCAAGGCAAAGACCCUGCCAAGGUUAUAAAGGAGGCACUGGCUCAAACCCUAGUGUUUUAUUAUCCCUUGGCAGGUAGACUAAGGGAAGGGCCAAACCGAAAGUUUACGAUUGAUUGUACUGGAGAAGGUGUCUUGUUUACUGAGGCUGAUGCUGAUGUUACGCUUGAAGAAUUUGGUGAUGCGGUUUACCCACCGUUUCCAUGUUCGGAGGAGCUUCUCUAUGAUGUCCCUGGCGCUAACGAAAUUCUAAAUUGCCCAUUGCUGCUAAUUCAGGUUUUUUUUUUUAAAAAAAAAAUUAACAGGAAAUGUGGGGGUUUCAUCUUCGCUCACCGGUUUAACCACACAAUGAGUGAUGGUGCUGGCCUAUCCCAAUUCAUGUCUGCUAUGGGAGAGAUAGCACGAGGUGCGCUUGCUCCCUCAACCCCACCGGUUUGGGAAAGGCACCUCCUGAAUGCUCGGGACUCACCACUCAUAACAUGUUUACACGACGAGUACGAUUCGGUUGGCACAUAUGGUACAAUUAUUCCAACAGACAACUUGGUUCGCCACUCUUUUUUCUUCGGACCAACUCAAAUUUCAGCUCUUCGUAGAUUUGUCCCUGACAACCUUCGCUGUUCAACAUUUGAUGUCUUAUCUGCAUGCAUAUGGCGUUGUCGUACACAAGCCUUGGGACUUUACCCUGACGAAGAUAUUCGCCUUAUCUGCAUCGUUAAUGCUCGGUCCAAGUUCAAUCCUCCCUUGUCAUUAGGAUAUUAUGGGAAUGCUCUUUGUUACCCAGCGGCUUCAACAACUGCAGGAAAGCUGUGCCAAAAUCCAUUAGAAUAUGCAUUAAAGCUAGUGAAAGAGGCCAAGACAAGGGCUACGGAAGAGUACAUGAAAUCAACAGCAGAUUUACUCGUGCUUAGAGGUCGACCAAAUGUUAACUUGGUUGGAUCUUUCCUAGUGUCUGAUUUAACACGUGCCAAGUUUUUAGAAGUUGAUUUUGGGUGGGGUGAGGCAGCCUUUUUUGGACCAGCCACUAGUUGGGAGCUAAUAAGCUUUUAUAUGCCGUCAAAGAAUGAGAAGGGAGAGGACGGUAUUGUGGUGCCAGUUUGCUUGCCAGCCCCAGCUAUGAAAAGCUUUGUGAAGGAGCUGGAUGGCUUGUUGAAGGAUGAGACAGCAGCUGUUGGUGCAUGAGGGUAACAUAUUUUAACUAAUUUUAACCAUAUUGGAUAUAUAAUUUGUAAAAUAAAUGCAUAACAACAGUCUAUGCAAUUUAGUCACACU